AUGUCACAAUUAAUCCUAGAAAAUAUGCCAAAGGCUGACUAUUCCAGCUUAUUCAAUGAUUUUGUUGAAUCUGAGUUUUUCCUGAUUGAUGGAGACUCCCUACUUGUCACAUGUGUGUGUGAGAAGUCACUUAAGCCAGGACAGAGUCUCCAUUUCUUCUACCUGGUUGAGCGCUACCUGCUGGAUGUUAUUAGCAAAGGAGGACAAUUUGCCAUAGUUUUCUUCAAGGAUGCUGAAUAUGCGUACUUCAAUGUCCCUGAACUUCUUACACUUAGAACUGCCUUAAUUCUGCACCUUCAGAAGAAUACCACCAUUGAUGUUUGGACUAAAUUUUCUGGAUGCUUGUCAGAAGAGUGGAAUAAUUCCUUGGGUCAGAGUUGCCCAUAUUUCUUGAUUAUUGCUGAUGAAGGCCUGAACAACCAGCAGACACACCUUUUCAACUUCGUAGUCAUUCAGUCUUGGGCAGUGAAGGUCAACAUUGUGCUCUUUUCAGGGCAAACAUCUGACAUCCUCCGUCUUUAUGCAUAUUUUAUGCAAAGCUCACAUUUAAAGCAGAAGUUUUUCAAGAAGUUUCAGACAGAGAUUAUGAUUGCUUACAAAACCCUGAUUCAACAGUUGGAAAAAUAUAGAGACCUGGGUUUAACAACUCUGUUUGGAGAUUUAAAGUUCAAUAAUAUGGUGGGAAAGGCUUGCGAGACUCUAUCUCUGCUGAAGCAGCUCUGGCCAGAAGGAUCAGACAUCCGACGAGUCCUCUCUGUCACUUCGUGCUCCCUCUCCUUGGAAAUGUACCACUAUGUCCUUGAAAAUGGUAAUUUUUUAACCCUGAAGGACAUGGAAGACUUCUGUAAGCUACAUUGCCUCAGUGUGGCUAUUCAACUCCGUCUACCUCUUUCCCAGAGAGCUCGCUCAAGAUUCAUCACUUCUGGUUGGAUUCAGGACCUCAAGAUUGUCUUUAAAAUGAAAAAAUGGUGCGAGUAUUUCAUCCUAAGCAAUGUACAUAUGUUUGAAUUUGAGAGUCUGAAUUUGCUUCACCUCUCUGAUUUAAGUGAUAUGCCUUUGUUGAAGAAUGUUGCUUUUUACUAUGAAAAUGAAAAUGCAGAAGGCCUGGAUUUGGAUGUAGGAGAUGUCAUCAUGAAGGAAUAUGUACAUCUCUGGGACACAGUGUCGAAGUUGGUCAGAAACUUUGAUGUGGGAAAACCAUUUCCUUUGAGAACAACAAAAUGUCAUUUUCUUAAAAAGACCCCAUUGCCAAUCAAAGAAAGUUCCCAAGAGAAGAUGCCAAAUCUGGGUUUUAUUCCAAUGUCAUGUAAUUUGGUUGAUGAAUUUACUGGAGACAUUUUGAAAGACUUGCCUUUCCUAAAGUGUGAUGACCCCAUUGUCACCUCACUGGUUAAGCAUAAGGAGUUUGAUGAACUUGUGCACUGGCAUUCCCACCGACCCCUUAGUGAUGAUUAUGACAGGACAAAGGCCAAUUUUAAUGAGCAUUCAAAAGACCCCCGUCAGCUUAGAAAUUUGCAGAAGUAUCAUGUUUUUCAACGAUUUUAUGGGAACUCAUUAGAAUCAGUCUCUUCCAAGAUCAUCACUACUCAAAGUGUUAAGCCAAAGAAGGAUUGUAAUAAGUCCAGGAGCUCAAAGACACAUGAGACCAAGGCUGACAUAAUUGCUAGAGAGAAUAAGAAGAGGUUAAUUGCCAAGGAAGAACAAAAAGAAGAGGAAAAGUGGAGCACCCUGUCGUUUUCCAUUGAGAAGGAGAUGAAAAGGAAUUUAAACUCUGGGAUGAAGAAGCUGGAGGAGUUUUUGAAAUCGUGUAAAAGUAAUUCAGUGAAAGCUCAGGCUGAAAAAGUUGGGUUAAUGGCUGGCUUGAAGGCAUGGAAGGAGCACUGCAGAGCUGAAGGUGAAACCACAAAAGACUUAAGCAUAGCUGUCCACAUGAUGAAGAGAAUCCAUUCCUUGUUGGACAAAUACUCUGAACUUCUGCAAGAACCAGAUCGGAAGUUCAUAGCCAGGUGUCUUAUGUACUUAGGUUUUGAGGAACUAGCAAAUUCUUUGUAUCCAACCCAGGUAACAUAUUAUGAUAGAAAAAAGAAUAAAUAUUCCAUUGGAAUUGGACCAGCUCGGUUCCAACUACAACAUAUGGGUCACUAUUUGAUCAGAGAAGAAAGAAAAGAUCCAGACCCAAGGGUCCAAGAUUUUAUUCCUGAUACAUGGCAGCGAGAGCUCCUGGAUGUGGUGGAUAACUAUGAGUCUGCAGUGAUUGUUGCCCCAACGUCCUCUGGGAAGACCUAUGCUUCCUACUACUGCAUGGAGAAGGUGCUGAAGGAGAGUGAUGAAGGCAUGGUUGUGUAUGUUGCACCAACAAAGGCUCUUGUUAAUCAAGUGGCAGCAACUGUUGAAAACCGUUACACCAAAAUUCUGCCAGCAGGUGAAGCUAUGUGUGGUGUUUUUACUAGGGAUUAUCGUCAUGAUGCCCUCAACUGUCAGGUGCUUAUCACCGUGCCUGCCUGCUUUGAAAUUCUGCUACUUGCUCCUCAUCGCCAAAACUGGGUGAAGAGGAUCAGAUACGUUAUAUUUGAUGAGGUACAUUGUCUUGGUGGAGAAAUUGGAGCAGAAAUCUGGGAGCAUCUCCUUGUCAUGAUCCGAUGCCCUUUUUUGGCCCUUUCAGCUACCAUAAGCAACCCUCAGCAUCUUACUGAGUGGCUCCAGUCAGUAAAGAGGUACUGGAAACAAGUAGACAGUGCAAUGGGAAAAGGAACUUUUUCCAAAAGAAAUGCUGGCUCCCACGGCAGUCAUCACAAAGACCACGGGCGGGUCAGACAGUCAUACAAAGUUAGACUUGUUCUCUAUGGAGAGAGAUACAAUGAUCUAGAGAAGUAUCUGUGUUCUGUGAGACAAGACGAGGUUUGCUUUGAUCAUUUUCAUCCUUGUGCUUCACUAACCACUGAUCAUAUUGAGAAGUAUGGAUUCCCUUCUGACCUUGCCUUUUCACCUCGAGAAAGCAUCCAGCUCUAUGACACUAUGCUUCAGGUCUGGAAGAGUUGGCCUCAGGCCCAGAACCUGUGUCCAGAGAACUUCACUCAUUUUAAGAACAAAAUAGUCAUUAAAAAGUUGGACGCUAGAAAAUAUGAGGAGAGCUUAAAGGAAGAAUUCACGAAUUGGAUUAAAAAUGGGAACGAGGAGCAGGCCAGGAUGGUGCUGCAGGAACUGAGUCCCGAUUUCCAUGACUACUCAGGGGAGAUGCUGGACUUCUUUCCACAUCUUGUUGAGAAGCUCAGGGAAAUGGAGAAGUUGCCUGCACUGUUCUUUUUAUUUAGAUUAGGUUCUGUAGAAGGAUGUGCUGGGGCUACCCGUGAAUUCCUGGAGAAGAAACAGGAGGAGAAAAGGCCUCCCAAAGCUGAUAAAGAAGCUCAUGACAUGGCUAUCAAACUUCGAAAAGUUAAAAAAUCUUUGGAGAAACAAAAGAUAAUAGAUGAAAAAAGCCAGAAACCCUCCAGAAGAUUGGAUCAAAGCAUCAUUCAUGAAGCUGAACACAAUUACCUCCUGAAGAGUCUGGAAAAGAAUCUGGCAAUUCCCCAGGACUGCACGUAUGCUGAUCAGAAAGCAAUAGAUGAUGAGGUUAGCACCCAGAAGGGACCAUCGUUGCAGAUGGUGUUUAGUCGAGUGAAAUUUGAAAGAAAAGGUGCCACACUGAAGAAUUUGGCAAGAAGGGGAAUUGGCUAUCAUCACAGCUCCAUGAGUGCCAAAGAAAAGCAGCUAGUCGAAAUUCUCUUUAGGAAAGGAUUCAUUAGGGUGGUGACAGCUACUGGAACACUUGCUUUAGGAAUCAACAUGCCUUGUAAAUCUGUGGUUUUUGCUCAAAACUCAGUCUAUCUGGAUGCUUUAAAUUUCAGACAGAUGUCUGGUCGGGCUGGAAGGAGAGGGCAGGACCUGCUAGGUGACGUCUACUUUUUUGAUAUCCCGCUGCCCAAAAUAGGAAAACUCAUAAAAUCCAAAGUACCUGAGCUGAGAGGACAGUUUCCUCUCAGUAUCUCACUCAUCCUAAGACUCAUGCUGCUGGCCUCUAAGGCAGAUGACCCAGAGGAUGGCAAGGCAAAGGCACUGUCAGUGCUGAAGCACUCAUUGCUGUCCUUCAAACAUCCCCGAGUCACAGACAUGUUAAAGCUCUACUUCUUAUAUUCUUUGCAGUUCCUAGUGAAAGAGGGAUAUAUAGAUCAAGAAGGUAAUCCUACAGGGUUUGCCGGCCUGGUGUCACAUUUACAUUACCAUGAACCAUCUAAUCUUGUUUUUGUCAGUUUUCUUGUCAGAGGUCUUUUCCAUAAUCUUUGUCAGCCAACUUAUAAAGGCUCAAAACAUUUUUCUGAAGAUGUAAUGGAAAAGCUGGUUUUAGUAUUGGCAAAUCUUUUUGGAAGGAUAUAUAUUCCAGCCAAGUUUCAAGAUGCUAACGUCAAGUUUUAUCAAUCAAAGGUGUUCCUUGAUGACCUCCCUGAGGACUUCAGUGCUGCCCUGCAUGAGUACAACAUGCAAGUGACAGAGGACUUUGCUUUCUUUCUGCUAAUUGUGUCCCGACUGGCUGAUAUGAAACAGGAAUAUCAACUCCCCCUGUCAAAAAUUGAUUUCACAGGUGAAGAAUGUGAAGAUUCACCACUUGUGUCCCACUUGAUGAGCUGCGGGGAAGGCCGGGUGGCAGUUUCACCAUUUGUCUGUCUGUCUGGAAACUUUGAUGUGGAUUUGCUCUGUCCGGGAGUUCCAAAUAACGUCAUUCUGCACACAAUUGGUAUCAAUCACAAUCAAGCCCCAGUGCUGUGGCCACACAGAUUUGAUAGUAGAGGAAGAAAAAUGCCACUUAAUGCAUAUGCACUUGACUUCUAUAAGCAUGGAUCCCUUGUGGGAUUAGACCAGGACAAUAGGUUACAUCAAGGGGCAGCUUACCACUUGUUGAAAGAUUUUUCCCUUACCAUUAAAUCUAUCAGUGUCUCCUUGCGUGAACUCUGUGAAAAUGAAGAAGAUAACGUUGUUCUAGCAUUUGAACAAUUGUCUAAGUCCUUUCAGGAAAAGUUCGAAAAAGUGUGAAAAGAAAAACAAUGUCAACCACUUAAAAUAUCACCAUAGAAGCUUUGCCAGUUAUAUAUCUUUUAUUCUUACGUCUUGAUCAGAAAAUCAUGCACAAUGAAAUGGGAUGAGGAAGCAGUUUGGAGUUAAAGAGUUGCCACCAAACUUGCCGGGCUUGGCUUUGAACACCCUUGGCCAUACUACUAGGUGUGCCUAAGUCUUGGUUUCUUUAAAUGAUUGACUUAAAAUGCUUAUGUCUCCAAAUUAUUGAGGAUUGAAUGAGAAAAUGCAGAAUUUUGAUUAUAUAUGUUUGAAGGCAUUUUUUCACUCUGUGGGAAAAUGUUAUAUAUAUAAUUGAAAUUAGAAAAGAAAUGAUUAUAGUAUCUUGAAAGUGUAAUAUAUUCUUCCCAUUCAACAUAAACGGAUUGCACUGCUUAGAUUGCUAGCUAUUGAA